AUGCAAGCCGCACAGCAUCCUGACAGUGGUUCUCCUCGCAGUGAAGGGCUCGUUGAUAGAAUAUUUGACGGCUUGAAGCACGGGGGUCCACCCUGGACGCGCCAUUACGGCAAGAGCAAUAUAGCCAACGGUUCGGCGGCUCCGAGAUUAUCGAGGAGUGGAAAUCUCAAGCGGUCUUUGAGAAAGGCAAAGAUGGUUUUGGAUGGCAGCCGCUUUGGAUCUUCAAGACAAAAUCGGAAAAAAGCGAGCUCCGAAAGGCCUUUGAACCAUCUGUCCUUUUUCAGUAGGGGUCUUCAGGGCUCUUUUUCUUGGGAUUCAGGCAGCUGUAUCGGGUCUGAGGGAGCCGCUGUUUCGGAUGCAGACGCCCCCUCUACAACCCUUCCGACAGAGAUCAAUACAAAGAGUGACGAAGAUAAAGAGAACUUUCAAAGGCAAUCUGCCGCACCUGGAGGCCCUGCUUCUUUUCAUAGCCCAUUGCAGCCUCUUCCCAUUGACUUGAAACAAUAUGUGACAGGAUACGAGAUAAAAAGCGGAAACUCAGAAGCGUUUUCAGAAGGUCCUGCCCCAGGGCCUGUUAGCGCUCCCUUGAAGAUUGCAUUCUCGACGCUGGUAUCCGAUGUGCUUCGCGAAAACCGCAACUGGAUCAACGAACUAGCUCUCGCAAGGCGUCAAAAACCCUGGAAAUUCUCAAAAAAGUCCAAGAUGGAAAGUGACGCCUUUUUGGAGUUUCUCGAACGGUUAGAGAGUUUGUUGAAAUUCGAGUCUGCAUUUAUUGAGGAGCUUCAUCUCCGGCAGGACACUCUUCAUGAAGAAAACACGCUUCUAAGACACCAGUUGGUAGCUGUGCGCGGUGUCGGACUUGAAAACCAUGAUAUUAUGCCUUGUGUGACCUCAAAUUCAGUAUAG